UCCUCAAACCCUAGCACCCCCCCUCUCCUCUCCUCCCGCCGCGCCACCCCCGAUCGGCCCGACCUCCCCAUUGCGGAAUUCGAGGAAUUUGGGGUUGUGCAGGCAAGGAAGGGGAGGGAAGGGGAGUCGGGGAUGUUCUUCUCCGGUGACCCGACGGCGCGGAAGCGGGUGGACCUGGGAGGGCGGAGCAACAAGGAGCGGGACCGCCAGGUGCUGCUCGAGCAGACGCGCGAGGAGCGGAGGCGGCGCCUGGGCCUGCGCCUGCAGAACAACUCAGCCACGAAGAUCCAGAAAUGCUUCAGAGGGAGGAGAGAUUUGGAAUUGGCACGUUCGGAAGUUCGAGGGAACUUUUGCUCUACUUUCGGGGAGAACUGCCAGAGGGUUGAUUGGAGCAGUUUUGGUGCUAAUUCUGAUUUCCUUCGUCAAUUCCUGUUCUUCUUCAAUGCAAAGAAAGAUAGCGACAUUGCUAUGCUCUAUCAAGUCUGCAAUUUGCUGUUAGAGUAUGUCAAACAUGGUGGGGAUGUUCUAAAACUCUUUGGUGGCAUAAAUUACUCCUCAGUGGAACCUCUUGUGGUUCACAGGGUUAAAAAACUUGCACUCGUUUGUGCACAGACUGUACAUCAGAAGAGGCAUGAUUGGGGCAGUCAACUUUUGAUGCCGUCAGAAAGCACACCAAAGCUUUCUGCUUCAUUACUCGAAACUGUCGCUUGCUUGAUAAAUCCCAAGCUUCCAUGGAACUGCAAGGUAGUUGGAUAUCUUCAGCGGAAGAAGAUCUAUUGCUUAUUUAGAGGGAUUAUUGUGUCCAUACCGCAAACUGCAAGAAAUUUGGAGCAUCAUAACAAUACAUCUGCCCUGGAGCAAGUUCUCAUGCUUACUGCUUCACAUAUUGGCCAUGAUCCGUGUUGUUGUCCAGUAGUUGAUCCAAGAUGGAGUUUCUCCUCUCAGCUUCUCUCAAUUCCUUUCCUCUGGCAUCGUUUGCCACAUUUCAAGAAGGUUUUCUCAGCUAAUGGACUCAGCAAAUAUUAUAUCCAUCAGAUAGCUUGCUUUUUGCCUAGCUGUGCUGAUGUUCUUCCAAAUGAUAUAUCAUCUAAUCAUCCAGGUUAUGCAUGCGUUCUUGCAAAUGUCCUUGAAGCUGCAACCUGGAUCUUGUCUGAACCAAAGUUUGCUUCUGAAACAGCAUCUGACAUCAUUGCUGUCUGUACAUCACUGCUGGACUCGUUGCCAACCAUCACAUCACCUACCGGAAGGGUAGAUGACGAGGAUGACACACCCAUGGAUGAUGUCAUAAAUGGUCUUGAUGCUGAUUUGGAAAGACAAAUAACUGCAGCAAUUGAUUCAAGGUUGCUUCAACAUUUGGUGAAUGCUUUGUUCAAAGGUACAUUGAGUACAAACUAUUCUGAUCCAACUGGACCAUCAGAUGUCGAGGUGGAAGCUGUUGGAUCUAUAUGUGCUUUUCUUCAUGUCACAUUCAACACAUUGCCUGCUGAGCGGAUUAUGACUGGACUAGCAUACCGGACUGAAAUAGUUCCUGCAUUGUGGAACUUCAUAAAGCGAUGUAAUGAGAACCAAAGUUGGCCACAAUUUUCCAAGUUCGUCCCUUCUCUGCCUGCAGAUGCUGUGGGUUGGCUCCUGCCUGUAUCUGUGUUCUGUCCCAUAUACAAGCACAUGCUGAAGAUAAUUGAUAAUGGGGAAUUCUAUGAACAAGAGAAACCUUUGUCACUUAAAGAUUUGAAGUCCCUGGUUUUAAUUCUAAAGAAGGCUUUAUGGGAACUACUAUGGGUUAUUCCUGCACAUGCCUCUCCUGCUAAGAAAGUGCUACCCAGCCCUUCUGGACUUAAGAAGUUGUCAAUUGAGAAUGUCAAGAUUGGGGCAAGGAUUGGUUUAUCCGAACUACUUGCACAGUUGCAAGAUUGGAACAACAGGCUCCCAUUCACUUCUUCUAAUGAUUUCUAUUCGCAACAAGCAACUAGUGAAAAUUUUGUCUCUCAGGCUCUACUUGGCAAUACUAGAGCAUCGGAAAUUAUAAAACUGGCUCCCUUCUUAGCACCUUUUACCAGCAGAGUUAAAAUAUUCACUUCACAAUUGGUAAAUUCUAGACAAUUGACAACAUCACAUUCUGCGUUGACAAGACAUCGAUUCAAAAUAAGAAGAAAUCGACUUCUGGAAGACGCUUUUGAUCAGCUAAGCAUGCUUUCUGAAGAAGACCUUAAAGGACCGAUUCGAGUGGUGUUUGUUAAUGAGCAUGGUGUUGAAGAGGCUGGGAUUGAUGGAGGUGGAAUUUUCAAGGAUUUCAUGGAAAAUAUCACUCGAGCUGCUUUUGAUGUGCAGUAUGGUUUGUUCAAGGAGACAGCUGAUCAUCUUCUAUACCCAAACCCUGGAUCUGGAUUGGUCCAUGAACAACAUCUGCAAUAUUUUCAUUUUCUUGGCAGUCUCCUCGGGAAGGCAAUCUAUGAGGGCAUACUUGUUGAUCUGCCAUUUGCAACAUUCUUCUUGAGCAAGCUAAAACACAAGUACAACUUCUUAAAUGAUCUGCCUUCAUUGGAUCCAGAAUUGUAUCGGCAUCUUCUGUCUUUAAAGCAUUAUGAUGGUGAUAUCUCACAAUUGGAGUUGUACUUUGUCAUUGUGAAUAACGAAUAUGGUGAACAAUCUGAAGAAGAACUGCUCCCAGGUGGGAGAGAUAUGCGUGUAACUAAUGAAAAUGUUAUUACUUAUAUCCAUCUUGUUGCCAACCAUCGGUUGAACUAUCAGAUCCGUGCCCAAAGCACACAUUUUCUGAGAGGUUUUCAACAACUAAUACCAAAUGAAUGGAUUAACAUGUUCAAUGAACAUGAAAUCCAGGUUCUCAUAUCUGGCUCUCUGGAAAGCUUGGACAUUGAUGACUUACGCUCGAACACUAACUAUUCCGGAGGAUAUCAUCCGGACCAUGAUCUUAUUGAUAUAUUCUGGGAGGUUCUAAAGAACUUCAGUUCACAUAAUCAGAAAAAGUUUCUCAAGUUUGUGACUGGAUGUUCUCGUGGACCACUUCUUGGAUUCCAAUACCUCGAACCGAAAUUCUGCAUUCAGAGAGCUGGAAUCCCUGGUAUGGAGGAGGAGGAUGAAGACCGCUUGCCUACAUCAGCUACUUGCAUGAACCUUCUGAAGCUCCCUCCUUAUAAGAACAAGGCGCAAUUGGAAACCAAAUUGUUGUACGCGAUAAACGCAGAAGCUGGUUUCGAUCUAAGCUAAACCGCCUUGUGGGCUAAAAAUAUUGUGCAGUGUAGAUAGUUGCUAGGUAACAGGUUAAAAGGCACCAGGAGCCAGAACACCGACAACCGGGCCCCCUGUUGAGGCCUCACAAAGAAAGGAAAGAAGGGUGAUUCCAAGACACGGGCAUUGGGGAACUGAAGGCUCAAGGCCAAGGAGGGAGGCUACAGCAGCCAGCUGCUCAAGUGCUGAUUGAUUAGGACGCCGGUGAUAAAUUGUUUCACCAUAAAUAAGCAGAUGCUGUUGUAAAUCAGCCGUGAACUUGUACAUGUGAUUUUUUCUUUUUAACCAAAUUUGGGGUUGAUGGCCUCUCCUGGAGAUGUGGGAUGAUAUGCUAGAGAUGGUUUGGAAGCGUCUCUCUA